GUUCUGUUUCUCAAUCGAACUCGUUUAUAUGCUUCUUUGUUAUAUAUUUAAUUGGCUACUAACAAAAUAAAAUAAGUAAAAUCAACUUUUGUCUUAUUGAAAGAAGCGUAGAACAUAGUUCAUGAAUUUUUUUUUAUAAUUAUUUCUAAAAUGUUUUGAGCUGUGUUUCAAAUAAUCUUAUGAAAUUAUUUAUUUAUGACUUUGCGCCGUUGGUAUUCUAACUUGCUGAUAUUUUAUACUUUUGUCAUUUGUUAGUAUCCAUGAAGAUGGCGGCUGGCUGUUGUGGGACGAAGAAACAAAAGCUAAAUAAUUCGACAAGUAUAACUUGUAAUGGAACUUCUGGUAUUCCGAAUGGAGUACGAAAUGGAAUGGUUGCACAUCCGGAGAUGUGUUUUUUCUGUUUUGAUGUGUUGUACUGCCACCUACAUAGUUUGGAUCCCCCUAAAACUCCGAACUUUUGCAACGAUCCAUACCCGCUUUUCGUGACGUGGAAGAUCGGUAAAGAUAGGCGGUUACGAGGCUGUAUAGGCACUUUUAAUGCUAUGAACCUUCACUGUGGACUUCGCGAGUAUGCGGUUACCAGCGCCUUCAAGGACUCGAGGUUUAGCCCGAUCACGCGCGACGAGUUCUCGAAGCUGCACGUGUCGGUGUCCAUCUUGCGCCACUUCGAGGACGGCUCCAACUACCUGGACUGGGAGGUGGGCGUGCACGGGAUCCGCAUCGAGUUCCAGUCGGAGAAGGGGAACAAGCGCACGGCCACCUACCUGCCCGAGGUGGCUCCUGAGCAAGGUUGGGACCAAAUUCAGACGAUUGAUUCGCUGCUCCGCAAAGGUGGCUUCAAAGGUUCUGUGACCCCGGACAUUCGGAGCGGCAUCAGACUGACCCGCUACCAGAGCGAGAAGAUCUCGGUUAGCUAUCAGGACUACUUGAACCACUGGCGCAACCGGCGCUGCUAGCAGAUACUUUGGGGCCCCUCGCCCGGCCCCGGCAGUGGCGCAGUUGUGUGGGCUGCGCCCCCGCCUCACUCUCUCAACCUGCAUCGGGCGCCACCGGGCGCCGUCCUGCGCCGCCAGCCGCCGCCGCCGCCACAGCUGCAGCAGCAGCAGCAGCAGCAGUUCUCUGCACUGCCGUCGACGUCCUACGUGCAGCCGUCGCCGUACAUCGUGAACCACAACCACCAGCCACCCGUUCAUCAGCUGCCCCCUCCGUCGUCCGUCGUCCACUGGUGGGACCAGCCGCCCCCGCCCCCGGGGCUGUACCACCUGUCGCCUUGCCCUCGAAAUCAGGACUUGCCUAGUGCCUCGGGAGGGGGCUUCGCGGGACACUACCCCCACCACCAGGUCAGGAAGCGGAAGUGACGUGCCGUCGGAUGCCGGCUCGGCCGCUUCCGUGACCGGCCCGUGAGAGACCCAGUGGACGCGGUUCUCAAGUUCUGGAAAUGCAUGUUUUGCAUCAUCGGCCAUUGUUACGAUUACUGGGCGAAAUAUCGUAAGUAUGUUUUCAGGUAAAACCACGUGUGGCUUUUAUGGUAGAUUCUAAAGUCAACAGGGCUCGUACAAUCAGCCGGAAAUAUGUUCAAGAGGGACAUUAAUCGUAGUUUGAACUGUGGUUGAAGGGACGUUGAUUUACCGAGCAGCAUGAGCCUGACAGUCAUUAAUUGUACGAGGAUAUAAUAUAAUGGACGUGAAAUAUUGACAAGUGUUUUGAAUAACUGUUUCAGUGACGAGAACCUUUUCUCAAAAUAUGUUGUAUGUUCGUGUGGUGUUGGUAACUGCACGUGGUGUGCACAAUGUCCGGGCUUUUAAAGUAGAUUUUUGUAUGCUUUACACUUGUCCAAGUUUUGUUACUUACUUUUUCCAUAUUAUUUAUUAAGUGAAGUCAUGGUGACUUCCGGUAAGCAUACAAACUUAGUAGUAAAAAUAUUCACAGUUUUCCUCCCAUUUUAUCAAAUCUUUUUCUGCGGCCGUAUUGUUUUGCUUCAAAUUAUUUGGUUCAAUUGAAGUGCCUGUCUAAAAAGGCAAGGUGCAUAUGUAUAUCACUUAAUUUAUGUGAUACUGUCCAUUAAGUAGUUCCUUAGUCACGUAAGAUGGAGUGAUAUUUCAUACUAAAUUAGUUUUUAUUUUUGAGGUUUUGCUUAUUAAUUUGUUUUUCUGUUAGUGUGUAUUGCAAAAAAAAAAUAGAAUGUAGUAAUUUUCAUAAACCAAAGAGAUCUCAAUACACGUUUAAGUAAAUUAAUGAUUUUCUUAAAGCCCAUGCUUAAGAAUAAGAAUUCAUUGGUUUUUUUACUUGUGCAUAGAUUUGACGAUCUCAGAAUGAUGUGUACUUGAGCUAUUGUAUGUUAAGUUUGCCAAGAAUUCAUUUGUUGGGCUUACAAACAAGUCAACAGCCUCAUGAAAUUUCACUAUAUAGUACAUUCCUGAUAAAUUCAGACUUUUUGAUAUUAGGCUGUAUGCUGUGCAGUUAGUGUGUUCUUUUAUGGUGGUUUUAUUCUACUUAAUAUAAACUGUGGGAUAAGCUUGGCAUUGUUUGCAGAAAGUUUUACACCAAAGAAAAUUUAUAUCAAAAUUUGGGGUGUGUCUACUGUGAGAAAAUUUGAGAUUGAGUAACUUGUAAACAAUUAAAGAAAAAUUACCAUUGUGCAUUCAGGGUAUCUUCACACAUUUUGAAUCAAAUCUCAAACAAAAAGUUACUCUACGUACACAUUGCUUAGUUGUUUCUUAUACUAUGAAGCUCACCAAAGCUUCUUUACUACUGUAGAAAUAAUAUUUUUAAUGUUAAUUGAAACAUUUAUUUGUAAAGUGGGAUUUAUUUUUUUAGUCAGGGGAAGCCUUUGUAUGGUGUUUGGUAGUUAAUAGUUCCUUAGUUAUAUUAUUUUAUAUUUAAUCAGUCUUACAUGAUUCAUAUUGUCUUAUUUACAUUUCAGCAGAACCGAUAAAAUACUUAUAAUGCUGUUGUUUAUUUUAUCUCUUUAGUAUACCAUAAAGGCUCUUAAUAUUUGCUCAAUUACACAGUAAUUGUGCUGAAGGGCCAUCACUUGUUAUACAAACUAUGGUCUGUAUUUGCCAACGAACAUGAGAGAGCAGGAAACUCACUGCCAUCAUAUGUCACAUUUAUGCAAUGUAAAUGACAGAUGAUGAUCCACAUUCAUAUAAAUUCCACCCGAAACUAAAUAUCACUCCUUGAAAGUCUUUUCUACACACAUCCCUUGUGACGAACAUUUUGUGUGGUAGCCUUUCAGUUAGAUCGCAGCUCUAACAGUUAGUAAUGUCUCCUGAAACAAAAUGUCAAAUUUGGCAGUUGUCAUGUGAGACUGGCAGAAAGGAUAUUUCAAAGUGAGUAGCCGGAAGAAGGUACUUUAUUUAGCAGGGCUACAAAAAAGUGUGAAGAUACCGCAAAUAGGCAGCAGUCCGUAGAACAUUGAGGUUCAGUAGGUCCUGCUAAACGUCGGCUUAUGGUCCUCGAACCACAACAUGUUAAAAAUUAAGUUCUUAAAGUCACAUUUUCUUUUUGCCAUAAGAACAUAUUUAAAUCCAGGAGUUAGGUUUCUUGCAGCUUCAAAGAUGCUAGCAAUGGGCAUAAUAUUUUUGUAAACUUAAAUCAUAAUAAUGAAUGUUCAUGAAGUAAGAAAUAAACGAGAACACACAAGACUGUAGAAUUCUUUUGCUUGGAAGCUGGCCACUAGUACUAAUAUGUUUUAAACAAACUGGUAAACAUUCAAAUAUUCUCUGAAUUCAGUCGUACCUCUUAUAGUUCUAAUUUUUUUUUUUUUUUAUUAAAAUGUGUCAAUGGUUUAAAAGUCCUGCAAUAGGUUAUUGAAAAAUGCUUUGGGGGAUUUUGUAUGAACUUUUCACAUGCAUUCAGUUACUUGAAAUACACUAUGAUUCCCUACAGUGACUGAAAUAAACAAUCAACUAUAUGUAAUAAAUUUUAAAAUAUAUAAAAAAAAUUAAUGCAUUACUGUUCUCUGAUUCUCUUGGAGCUGUUUAUGUAAACAUGUAUCCUUAUACUUGUCCACCAUUCCUGGGAGAAGGGAUAGAGGCUUUGCUAGAAAAAGAUAAGAGGUUGAAAAAUUGUUCAAAAAUCACGAGUUCAUAAUACUAGGAAUAACCUUGACUGUAAAACUGGGACUUAAGCAAAUCACAAUCAUAAAAACUGAUUGAUGUAAUUAAAUGUUGUAAAAGACGACGUUACAGCAGUACUUACUGUAUAAUAUUAUGCUUGUGGAAUUACAUUCUGUCAUCUGUUGGCUCCUUGUGUCCACGAGAAAUGUUAGCUGUUAAUUUUUUAGAAUUACAGAGAUCUGUAAUACAAGAAUUUUUUUUCACUAAUUAACCGGAAAAUGUUUCAAAAUAUUGACUUUAUUUAAUUAUUUAUUGAUAUAUACAGACUAUAUAAAAAAGAAAGAAUUGCAUAUGUACUUGUAUUGCUUGUAAUAGAAUCAGUUGGUUCCAAACAUUUUUAAAAUCUUUUGUAAUAUUAAUAUGGAAUGUAAUUGAUUGAUGCUCUAGGCAAACUGCUCAUAUCAGACUUCCAACCUACCUUGAUGUUUACUAAGAUAUUCCUGUUCAAACGUUUUGUUCCUUUGAAGGUGAUAAAUUUUCUCAUUUGUGACACACCUUUGUUGUGACUUUUUGAGCUCUGAAAUAGAAGUGUUGCUUAAAAUCAGUGGCUCAAUGAGGACCCACAUUCGAAAACUCAUUAACAUCUGAGAAAUGUAUAAAUUCUUUUAGCAGGUUAUGUAUUGAGGUGAUAAUUCAGGCUGUGGUAUAAUAUUGGUGGCAUAAAGUCAUCUGUCACAUUAAAAUUGAAUACUGAUAUUGAUAUUCACUUAGCAUCAUUGUGUAAACAAGGUUCAUAUUUAUUACAUAAAGACACCAGGCACUUAAGUGUGUUAAAAAAAAAUCUACUCUUAUUUAAGAUAUAAGCCACCAAACAAAAUAUGUCAACAGAUACCGUCUCUGCUCAACACCUGCUGGACAGGUGAUAAAAAACUAUAAUUUACAAAGAAAUCUUUUAUACAUACUUAAAUAAAAUUCCCUCUAAAUAUCAUAGAUAAACUAUUAACAGAGGAGUGUGUCUUACAAUCAAAAGCAUUUUUAAUUCAAUAAAAUAAUGUAUGCUGCUUUACAAAGCAGCUUGGCUUAAAUUGAUGUACAGCAUAAAUGACUGACAUAGGUAUCUUAUAUUUAACGUCAUUGUGUACGUUAAUUUUUAAAAAUAAUUUAAGCAUUACUUUAUAUAUGUACAGUUGGUAAUUAUUGUAUUCAAUUUGUAAAGGUUAGUGAGCUCUUUGCUAGUUUUCGUUACUGCUCGCAUAUUGCUCAUUGCAGGUGGUGUUGUGUGCUUUGUGUGUUUCUGUAGCUCUAGCUACUCAUUGUAUAGUUGCAGUUAUUGUUGGGUGCUGCAACUAGAAAUGCUCAAACAAUCUGUCCUUUGUUAAACACUUUUUAUUAUUCUCACAUUUACUAUAAUUCAAUUCUAAGCCACUCCCAUCACUCUCAUGCUAGCUCUACACAAAGGAUCGGCUACAUAAAGCAAUUAUUUUGUAAACACUAUUUUUGUUAUUACCAAGCCAAGUGUACUGGUAUCUUAACAAUACACAUGCCUGGUGUUUCUGUUAAUAAUUUAAAGCUUUCAUUUUUUUUACAAAUUGGUAAUUUCUCUUGAUGUAGAAUUAUUAUAUUCACUUCUUUGCAAGCUCUUACUGGAAUUUUUCUUAUUUAUAACUGGCAAAAAUUGUAAAUGCAAACAUUUGUUAAUCAAACAACAAAAGUCUGGAUUUAUUGAGAAUGUGUAGCGUUAUUUUAAUAAACUUUCUGUAAGGAAAAAGUCCAUGUAUAUGGAAAAAUUAGUAGAUUCCUUAUGUAAUGGAUGACUUGAAGUUAGUUUUUUAAGAAAUUUUAGAAUUAUGUUUUGUUUGAAGUGUAUUCAAAGCGGCCUUAAAUGUUGAUUGGUAAGUUUUAAAAAUCUUUUGUUGGUGACUAAGGGCGCGGUUACACGGGAGUCUGAACUACUUCAGGAGAACAUGUUCAGCUGUUGAGUGCGGUUACACACAGUCUGAACAUGUUUCGUUCGAGGCCAUUUCCCAUUUAACUUAAACAGGUUGGCAAAGUAGUUCAGAUCGACAUAUCUUCUACAUUAGCCUCUGAUUGGCUGUUUAGAAUAUAAACAGUCCUAUGCAGAAAUUCCAGAUGGAAAGUGUUCCUGGCACAAGUUAGAGUAAUAUUUUACCGAAUGCAACAAAAAAAUCAAUUGAUAAUUAUAUAUAUGUUUUAAUUGAUCCUGACCUUAAUUUUCUUAAAACUGAGAUAGGUACUCUCGCUCAAAAAAUAAGUUAAAAAAAUUUUCUGUGCAUGUUGUUAGAAUUCUCGAUUUGUAAAAAAAAAAUAUUGAGCAAUAUGAAAACACAUUAUAUUUCUGCUGAUAAUACUGUAUAAACAAGUGAGAAAAUCCCGCGUUUUCUGGAUACGUUGACAGUAGACAAUCGGUUUUAGAGCUGAACACACUUUUCAGCAACUACCAUGUAACCGUACAGUUUCGCGUUUGUAAACGUGUUUACUUAAACAUGUUCACCUGAAGUAGUUCAGGGUUCCGUGUAACCGCGCCCUUAAUAACCAAAAUUUAGUUGUAUCAUUGUUUAAAUUUGAAAUACGUAUGAGGUCUGAACACUGUUGUUUGAAGUGUGAUGUACGUAAUUGUUUUGUUUGCCUAAGCAACUUACUUUAAGUAAUGCCAAAAUGUUUUUUUUUUCCCCGACAAUCUCAAGUGUGUGACAUAAUUUUUGCAGUUUACUCAGGAUAGUUAACGUUUAUUCAUCACUUCAUCAGUAAGGUGUAUGGAUUAAUGAAGGCACAUUAUUUUGAGAUACAAUACUGCUUUAGAAGUAUGGUUUGCUGGUAUACUUGAUUUAACACAAGGAAUAACGCCAAAUGUUUGUAUAUUUUAGUGCUGCUCCACCCAAGAAACUUCUGCAUUCUUGAACUAUCAUAAGCAAGUUGUUUUGCAUCAUACAUAAAAUUAAAAAAUCAUUUUUAAGUAUUUCUUGCCUUUCAGCACAUUGAGAAAAUAGUACUUUUUUUUUUAGAUUAAAGAUAGCUAAACUAUUUACAUACUAUUUGCUGUUUGAACAUACCUCUAUUCUUCCUUUUAUAUUUUCUUGAUUGGAUCUGGUGGUAAAAAAAAAAAAUGGUGGUUGAUUUGUACUGAGCCAUAAGACAUUUUAAUAGAUGAACAUUACAUGAAAGUACACAUUCAUUUGUGUUGAUGAAUACAGUUCAGUUUUUAUUAAAAGUGUCUGAUUCAAAAUAGCAUUUAAGAGGCAUUGCACUUUCGAAUGAUAGUUUUAACAAUGGUUUAGUUUUUAACAUGUUUUUAUUUUGGCAGAGUAAAGGGCUAAAAGGGGGUGUUUUCUCGUGUGUUUUUAGGUAUGAAAAAUUUGGUAAGACUGUAUUAAAAGUAGGUGAGGUACUUUGCAAAGAUCUUUUAUAGUUAUUAUUCCACCUUGAAAUGAUCCACUGCUUAGUCCCAUGCAGACACGUUACUGAUGCGAAGACUGCACGCUAGCUUGAUGGCUUGCGCAAAGAGACGUGUCAUGCGAGAGUCAAUGUUGACCUUAGCUUUUGGAUCUCAUGCACUCUUCUAGCAGGCCGCCUCGGGGGUGAAACCUUCAAGAUUAUGUUGGUGGCCUCUGAACCACUUACGUUACUGCCUUAGUGCUCAUAAAUUGAAUCAUGUGGGUAAUAUGGUGACAAACCCAUGACCUUUGCCACAUGGGCAGUUAUGGCCAGUUUGGACCGUUGGGACUUGGUGCUCAUAAAUUGAGCCUUGCCGAUGGGUGGGCAUAAAUUCUUUGCAUGACUAGUCAUGACAAUUUCAGUAAAGUGUGUGUAUGCUGACUGAAUACACAUCAUCGUAAUUAUUUUGUUUUUGUUGCCACCGUAGCUUCAAAAAUUUCACAGAUUUAUGACAGAAACUUGGUUGACUUUAACAAAAGAAAUUCUUGAUGUAUUGUAUCACUGUUUACAGCCAGGUUUUAUCAAUCAGCAGUGUCAUAAACUCUCUUCAUUAUUCUUUAUAUAUUGCUGUAGCGAAAUAUAUCACUUAAGUGUCAUUUGUGGAGGUUCUACAGUUUUAAGAUGUUGCAUAUUCUAAACAUUUUUUUUAUAGAAUACAGAUGCAAAAUACCACGAUAGCUAAUGAAAUGCAGAGAAAUAGUUGGUCAGAUUUAUGAUUAUUGAGUCCACAUUUUUGGUUAACUUAAUUUUGCAUAAACAUUGAACUUUGUUUUUCCCAUAAUUCUUUUUUACUCUAAUGUCGGAAUGAGAUGAAUGUACAGUAGAUACAUAGUUAUUACUAGAGAAAUUUAUAGGUUAAAAUAUUUUUUUUUUAAUUGUUUCUUGAGAUUACUUAAAGCUGUUAAAUUUUCAUGAAAAUGUUUUGACUAGAGCCAAGAGCUUUUCAGAAUGAAAAUCUAUAAUUGCAGUGCUUAUUUUCAGACAGUAUCAAUCCAGUGUUUCAAAUUUAUUGAAAAUUCUAGGUAAUUAUUUAUUUUUGCAUACUUGCUUAGCAUGAACAGAGUAAUUUAUGUAGGUUAAUCAGAUAAAAAUUUUUGAAUAAUUUUGACCAACAACUUCAAAAUCUACAAUGACUCAAGUUAUUUCAUGGGAUUUAUUUUUUAACUUAUAAAAAAAUUAUAAUUUUUUAUAUUUAUAAAAUUGACUUUAACAAUAAAAAAAGUGAUGGCUGAUAUAGAUUAAUUGUAAACAUAAAAACAGGGAAUGAACUUUGCUACAAAUCAAUGAAAUGUAAUAGUUUUAAUAGAUAGUUUUUGUGUAAAUUAAAAUAUGUAAUUUAAAUAAUUAUUUUUGGCAUAUGCCAUUGCUAGUUUGCACUGUACGUCAUAGAGAAAAUUCACAGAACAGAUAAACAAAAUACUUGAACACACAGAAAAUAAGCCAAAAUAAGCCUGUGUAAAAUUUCAAACUUUGACAGCACAGAGACUUCCAUGGUAGGCAUUUGUCAGAAUAAUAUCACAGCACAGAUGAACACAGUUUUACAUAGGAAAGAAAAUUUAAAUCUAUAGUCCAUUUAUUUACACACACCACAGUAUAUAUAAAAAAAUUUAAUGCAGUAGGUACAUAGUUGUAACUAUAAUUCUUUAUAGAAAGCAAUUUUGGUAUAUAAUUAUAAAUUUAAAACUGUUUGAGAUAUCACAACAAAAUAAAGAUAUCCUGGGUUUCACUAAUCUAAAAUCUGUAUUUAAUUUCAAGUCGCUAGCAUAGAGUUAAAUAAUUUUGUACAACAAAAAAAUUUUAACAUUUUUUUGUUUUAGGUAUAUAAUUUUCUAACAGGAAAACAAUAUUUAUUAAUAAUAUUUUUAAAAUCACAAACAACCUUCUGAUUUAAGUUGAAGUUGUAAACUAAAGUUUUCUAAAAUGAGUUCCAGUUGCAUAAUGCAUGCAUAAUUCAGUAAUAAUGUUAAAAUUUUUAGUGUUUCUUAAUUUGUUCUGUGUAUGAACAUCAUUACUUUAAAGCAGGGUUUCCCAAUCUUUUUCAGUCUGCGGUGCACAUACAUGUUUACUAUUUUGUCUCGGCGCCCUAACCUAUUUUGCUUGUCGAAAUAGAUAGGUACAAUGAUACUAGUUAGGUAGAUAAGCACAAAAAUUAAAAUAUCCACAUUAUGAAUCUGAACUGUAUAUUUAUGUUUAUAAAAAUAUAAAACUUACACACAAAAACAUUCAAGGGAGACUUAAGAAAAACAAAAAUAAAAUACAAUAGCUACCUAGGCUAGUCAAUGUGAUGGGUGAGCUCUACUUGCCGUCCCGCCCACGAAAUGCGUUCCGACCCUUGAGGCGGACUAGGGGAAGGGAGGGGAUAGUAUUGCGGAGGGAGGGGUCCGUCUGACCUUGGGUAGCUCACAUUUUUACCGGGACCACAGUUGUCUCGGGCGUGUAGUAGAUCAGUAUCGGCGAGUGCGCAAAUAAGCGUAGCACUAAGCGAGUGCUAGAAAUUAAAUUUUUAUUUUGUACCCGCGAACACUUAAGUUGAGGUUUCGGAGAAUGGUAAAGAGAAUCGCUUCACGGCGCCCUUCUUAACUUUCUGCGGCGCACACUUUGGGAACCCCUGCUUUAAAGCAUUGCUAGGAAAACUUGCUAUGAUGAAUUUGUGUUAAUUAGGCGGGAUGAUAAGUGUGACAUUUACUGGUGCUUAAAGCACAGUAUCGCCUCUAAGCACAAGGCUUUGAACUGGCACGUAGUAUUCUCGUCAUGCAUAUGGCAACUAUGAAAUUUGAACCAUAACCAUAACAUCAGAUGGCGGAGAAAUGAAAAAAAAAUGUAAUGUAUGGCUCUUGGGUGCUUUCAAGAAUCUUUACCAGGCUUUUCAUGUCUAAAAAUUAUUCUGAAAACACGUGUUUUAGACCUAUUUACUGUCCAAAAAAUACAGUUUAGGAACAAAAUUCUGAAACAGAACUACUUACCUGCCCUCUGCGCAUUCUUAAAUGUUUUUCAACACUUCACGCAUAUCUUGAGCAAUUUUAAAAUCACGUGAUUUCUUCUGAAGCUUUUCACACUGCCCAGGUAGGUGGACCUCUUACAGUUGAGGACAGAAAAUAAGCAUUAUUUCUUAUUGGUAUAAAAUGGAAAUUAUUACUGUGGAACAUGUAGUUAUUUCUUGGUUACAAAUCACAUAAUAUAUCAUAAUCGUAAUUUUAACUUUUUCAUUGAAAAAAAGACGGUAUAAAUAACUUUUCGUAGUGAUCAAAUGAUUUUUUUUUCUUAAGUCAAUAACAUAAGUUUCAGAUUAUUGAAAUUUUUUGAUUUUCUCUAUUAAAUAGAUGCCUAAACUUUAAUAUGACUAAAUAAAUUUUCCCAAGAAUUAAAUACAAUCAGCAACAGAUACACUGCAUUUUGUUUUGUUACUGAAAUUAAUACUUAUUGGACAGUUCCAAUAUUUUAUCAAUUUAAAUUUUGAUGCACCUGCAUUUAAAAUAUUUUAUGAAUCUUUGGUCAGUCCUUGAUUUUUCAGUUAGUGUAUAGACUAUUCUGGGCAACUAAACACACAUAUAUUUAUUCAUACUUCAUAUAAGAAAAAAAAAUUAUCUAGAUUAAGACUUCAGAAAAAAUCAAAAACCUAAAAUUCAUUGUAAAACCAUUGGCCAAUAUUAUUUUAGUUUUAACUUGUUUGAGGUCAACUGUUAUCCAAGGUAGCCUUUUUUAGUUUUGUCUUAUAAAGAUAAUCCUUUAUGAAGGAUGUCCAAUAGUAAUCAGUAGUUUUAAUAUUCACUGCAUAAUAUACAUAUUUUUACAUUCACUAAUCAUGUUUUGGUGGGAUUUGUUAGAAAAAAGAGUAACUGAAGUUGGUUGGAUCAUAAAAUAUCAACUAGAAAAAUAUAUAACUAGGUACAGUUUUUUUUACAUAUUUUUACCACUUUAAACCUUAAGUAAGCUGUAUUGUUUGCAGUUUUGAAUGUUUUACGUACUAUUAUAAACCUUCAUUAUUAUCAUUUAGUUCUUUGAUGGUUGUAAUUACUGUACAGAUCUUUAUUGGUAGUAGACCCAUUCUGUUGAAUAACUAAAUAAAUCAACGUUGAAAAAGUGUAAUCUGGGAUCAAAUUGCUUUAUUUUGAUUAAAGAUUGUCUUAUUUGGCGUACAAUUCCAAUUUAUGGAAGGGAGAAAGAUUUAUUGUAAUUUCAUUAAUAUGCAGUUAUUGUGUUUGUUCAAAGGAAUAUUAUAAUUUGAUUGAUUUGUUUAUUUUUGAAUAUUUGUAGAUUAGGUAGCAUACAUAAUUUAAUGGGUUUUUGAACAUUAAAAAUGAUUUUCUUGUUUCUGUUAUCAUUCUGUAUUCAUAACAGCUAAUAACUAUUUAUUCUACUUGGAAAAGUAGAAGCACUGUAUUUAUUUCAAUUCACAGCAAUGACGUAAAUGUAGUAUAUUUUAGGAUAUACCUGCUACCCUGUUAAUGGUGAAUCUAAUGUCGACCGAAACGUAUAAUGUCUUCAGACUUGACGGGGCUAAACCCACAAGCUAAAUCAAUUUUUUACAACUCAUUAAGUAACAGCUAAUCUGGAAAGAGUUAGUUUGAUUAAAUUUUAAAUUUGCUUGUGUAAUGUGUGGAGGGUUCUUGCAGUCAUAGAAAAUAUGGAAAGUAGGAAAAGCUCAGGGAAUUGAAAAGGUGUCUAUAUAUCCUGGAAAUAAAAAACUGGAAAAUUGGCAAUAAAUUAGUUACAAAAUAGUAUUAGUAAUACUUAAUUCAAGUGUGCACCUUUAAUGUUUUGAAAACAGUAUGUAUUUUAAUUACAAACCCAAAGUUGUAAACCCAUCUAUCUUUACCAUUAAUUAAACAUUGGAGAAACAAUGAAUAUACUAUAUUUAUUUAAUUAUUUGAAGCACGAUCAGAUGUUGAUACACUUGGUUUCAUUCAAUAAUAUAUCAUAUCAAAAUUGGAUCAAAUAUAGAGGUGUCAUAUUACAGACUUACAGUGUUGGUUGCAUAGAAUGUACAGAAAUCAUAAUGUGCGGUAAAAUAUUUUAUGGUCUUUUUGGCAUGUUAUGAUGUUGAAAUAUGUUUUGAUAACUAUUUAUGUUUAUAUUUUGUUUCAAUAUUGAUUGAUGAGGCAGCAAAAAAAAAAAUAUAUUUUUUUUUGGACAAGGAAGUUGGGAAACAUUUAUGGAAAUUAUAUAGAGUAAGAGUGUGGUAACCUUGGUGUUAGAUUGUUUAUAAAUCCAUUUUGCUUACAGAUUGUUCUAUAAUAGCCUGGGCUUUUUAUAAAAACUCAUUACUGCAUACACUUGAAGUAUGAAAUUUUUCUUAUAUAAAUUUUGUCAUUGCUACAACUAUAGUAUGUUAGGUAGAGCAGGAAAUACAUUUUAAGAAGUAUAGUAGUUUCCAUCUCAGAAACUAAAUAAAUAUAACAUUCUGUAUGCCUCUGCAAUAAAGAAAUGUUUAAAUUUGAAUUAAUACUAUCCAAAAUUUGUACAGUUAUAAGCUUUAUAAUUGCAAACAGCUCAUAUGACCUUUGUUUUUGUUUUAAUUAGUUUGCGAAUAGAAGAUGAAAGUUAUUACCAUUGUAACAUUCUGAGAAUGCAGAAGUUUUUAUUUUAUCAUAGCUUUGAUUUAAGAAUGUUGCUAUUUUUGUAUUUGUGGAUUGAUGUCCAUUGUAAUUCUUUAUAAUCUAAAAAAUUUUGGCAGUGGAGAUUGCAUACUGUCUCAGUCCAUUUUGUGUUCACUUUAUUUGAAGUUAGCAUUGUGUUGUAAAUGGUGAAAAUUUCUUAAGUGGCAGUCUGAAAGAUUCAUUGCUAAAUUGUAUGUGGUAUGUGGUCAUAGCUAAGGAUGUUUGACAGAAAUGUAAAUAUGUAUGUGUUUGUGGGCAUCAUCGUACUUUAAUUGGAACCAAUAAUAUUCUUGUGGUUAUCAUCAUUCACAGCUUUUUCUAGCCUGUGGUCAGGGUAGACAAAGAAUUAAAAUAUUUGUAAAAAAAAGUCAAUUAUGCAGUACAGAUAAAUACUGGUAACUUGUUACUUUAAAUCAAAUUCACUUAUUGUUAAUAUUUUGGUUAACAAAUAUGGAUCAAACCUACAAAUUCAUAUUUUUUAAAAAAAAACUUGCUACAGUUAGAUCUGUUUUCACUGGAAUACCAUUUUUUCAAAAACCAACUUUUCAUAAAAACAAAAAUAAUUCUCAUGCAGGAAAUUGGGCUUUGAACAUAAGUGGCAUUGUUACCUAUUAACUAUAGAUCACUAUUCCUCUAAAAACACAAUUUUCACAUUUUUGUCAGUUAUAUCUCUGUUCGGGGUAUUUACUUUUUGAGUUACAUUCUUGUACUACAAUUUGAUAUCAAGAAUUCACAAGUCAGCUUUGUCAAGAAUAAUUACUUUUAAUGUGAUGUUAUAUUCUGGGCCAUUUAGAUUAAAAAAUGAAACUUUGUACAUAUUUUGAAGAUGAAUUUUUUUUGGGGAUGAAAAACAUUACACAGCUAAGUGCUAAUAAGUGCUUGGCACGUGUGAUUGCAAUGUGGUGCUUGGCACUAAUGAAGUAUUUCACAGGUAGAUAUAUUUAAUACAGUAUUUACCUUAAGGUGUGUGUAGUGCAUUUGAAUUUUUUUUAAUAAUUGCAGGUAUGUUCUUUAAUGCUGCCCUUGUUAAAAUACAAGAAACACUACACCAAACUGUGAAAUGUGUUUGCAAAUUGACUAAAAAUUUUUUCUAAUUGUUAACUAAACAAGUAUCUCAAAGAUAGAAUAUGUUUACUCUAUAAAUGACUAAAAUUGUUUUUUGUGUCAAUUAAGAGGAGUUUUAAAUGUUUAAAAUAUUACGUAAUAAAAAUAUUGCAUUAUUUUGAGAAAAAAAAUAUCUUGUCGGUUUUCACUUGUAAUUUAGUCAUUAAAUCAGACAAACUUUUUAUUUAAAUUUUUUUUUUUCCAUUCAUUAAAUUAAUAACUGAAUUCCAUAUUACAUGGUUUUUUUUGUUGGCCACAAAAACUUUCAUUACACCUUCCCCUCGAAGUAACGCCCUAAUUCGUUCCAGGAAAACAGAGUGCAAUCAAAUAUGUUUCUUUCUUGAGUGUGUAUGUUAAUCAAAAUAAUUCAUUUUCAAAUCAGGCAAGAGUGCUUUGCUGACAAACAUUUUAUCAAUAUACUACUGUUAAAAUCAAUUUGCAGUAGUAAUUAUGUCUAAAUACAUUUUAAGUGCAUUUGUUGAAAUGUUUUAUAACAUUUUGAGACCAAACAACCUAACAUUCAAAACAUUCACGGACUGCUUGGUUUACAUAAUAGGAAUAACAUUCCUAAGAGGCCCUUACCACAUUUCUGAUUUAUUAAACAAUAAUGUUAUUAAUAUAGGGGACAUAUUUCAAUUAGUGUAAGAUUUGAAAAAAAUCAUACACUUAAUGUUUUAUAAGCUAUCGAGAAAACCGUUAAAUAUUGUUUGUUAAAUUGUCACAUUAUUAAUUUGUGGCAUUUUAUUUAAUGCUACACAAGUUUGGUUGGAGUUUGCAUGCUUGGGAAUAAAAAUUCACUUGAAAAAAAAGUGUUACUUCAAAUCUUGCUGUAUUUAUUGGCGUCGUUACUUCGAAAAUUUGCAAAUCGAACAGUGUUACUGUGAGGGGCGGGUGAUUUUGAUGUAUAACAUUGGAACUUCCAUAUUUGUGUUGUUACAAGUCAAAUACAUACUGGUGGUGUAUCCAAGUAUACAUAAAGUAACUUUCAGACUGCUGUAAGAAUUAGUGAUUUUAUUUGCAUCUUUGUCAUAAUAGUUUCAACAUUGUGUGCACAGAAUGCUGUGUGUUGAGUUGGCUACAGUGAUGUACAGUACGAUAUGAAUUUAAAUUUGAUUGUGUUAUAUUUGUUUUGUGUGGAUUUUAAAAGUUAAAAUGAUAAAUGUUGUUCACAAAGUGUUUUAAUCAGUUAAGGUGAUUUUAUGUAUUUAUUAGGAAAAUUUAUAAUUCUGUAUGGAAAUUGGAUGGUUGAUUAUGCUCACAACAUGGCUGUUGUUAAUGUAACUGUCAUGCAAGAAAAAUUUUUUUUAAUCGUCAUGUUUUAAUUGUUUAAUAUUUAUGGUAAAUUUAAUCGAACAUCUAAUUUUCUAUCACAUACACAUAUAGUUAUAGUUGCAGACAACAUGGAUGUAUAGUGUUAGUCUUCAAAGUCAUUGUGCACAUAUUUUCUUUAGUUUGUUCUAAACAAUUUAUAGUUACGUUCUUGUUUCCAGGCUAAAAAAACCUGUAGAAAUGUACAUAACAUAUAACUGGCAAUGCAAUGAAAAUGAUUACCAUGUUAUAAUAAAAAUACUUAGAAACUUUUAUAUUAUUUUUCAAUUGCAAAAUGAGCUAUUAAUAAAUGGGUAAUAUUAUAACAAUUAUACAAAAAUAAACUUUUGACAAUAAA